AUGGCUGCGAUACCCGCAAGAGGAGGACCGCUUGGAGGGACAGUGGGAGCAUCUGCUUCCGCGAACGCAUCACUGAUGGCGACGCUCAGCCCCGAAGAGCGUCAUGAACUCGAGCAGUACGAAAAGAUCCUGCGCUUCCGCGAUGAGGUGGUCAGCGGUACACAUCCGCGCAUUAAACCAACACACGUUGGAAAACCGACCAACGGCACUGGCCCUGUCCCGCCAGCCAAUGCCUCCGCCGCUUCAGCAGGCCAGGCGCCUGGAGGAGCAAAGCCAGCUGUGAAUGGGAACCGCUCAAUGACUGAUAACUUCCAGGCUUACCAGGCAAACCUCAAGAAGCCGGCGGUGAAUCCGGGGGGGAAUGUGCCUGGCUCGGGGACUUUGUCGAACACUUCUAGCGAGCAGUCCAAGCCCAAAGUCGAAAUCAACCCGAUUCUGUUAGAGAAGUCGGAUGAUUUGAUCAAAGCCGAGAUUCAGCUGCAGAGACAGCGGAUUGAACGUUCUCUCCGCGAGGACAUCGAACAGCGGCGGGUGUCCCAGAAAGGCGCCCUGCAACCGUCCGAGCAACCUGCUGACUUCGAUAUUGCCGAUGUGUUGGCGAAAGCAUUGAUUCUGGUUCAAGCAAAUGCUGCUCAAACUACUGAUGACACUGUUGCUAACGCUUCAGCUUCGGGCGACUCAUUCGACGACAACACCUUCUACUCGAGCCAACAUGGCACGCCCGACUCUCACUACCAGUUGGCUCGCGUUCCUAACGAGUCCGAAGACGAGCAGAUGCGCGAUGGAUCACCGUACGAACCCGAGCUAGACCUCGAGCCCGUUGCUGCCCCAACCGACCGACCCAAGCCUCCUCUCCCGACUGCGCCGGCAGCAGCUACAAACCUCUCGGGCGCAAAUGCUCAACUGCAGCAAGUACACAGCGCGUCUAGCAGUGCCAGCAGUGUUCGUCAACCGUUCAAUGUAAACGUACCGGGCGCGUCGAGCGCAGCUACAAGUGUCAGCCGGGCUGCUCGCCAAUUCCCUCCGUCCGAAGCUGUCAGUUCUCGUGAUAGUGGCCCGGCAAGUCGCUCCGAAGAGUCGACUCAUACAGGAAAGGAACGGGGUGGUGGCUCGCGAGACUUGACCAGAGUUAACGAGCAGUUGUUGAGACAGGCGUUAGGACCUGAAGGGGGGUCCCCGGUUGUUCGUGCUCACAAUCUUUCCCCUUUCGCACCCCAGCCAUCUCGUGUCUCCCCCUUGCCUUCUGCUGCUCUUGAACAGCCGAUUUCUCUAUCAGAGACUGGCGGUCGUCGGGCCACUCCGCCUCCGGCUCAGGGGGUUGCUGCUCUUAGGAAGCAGCCCUCAGCUGUCUCUAGCCCGGAAAGCUCACCCCACGGAGGAGAAAGGCCUGGGGAGAGGAAGAACAAGAAGAAAAAGAAGAGAAAGGCUGAUCGACUUGCGGAGGCCGCUGCAUCGCCAUACAUUAAGCCUGAGCCCCGAUCACCGUCUCCCAUGUCAGCGCCCCAGUACACGCGUCCUGCUAAGCGUCAGAAACAGGGGCAGCAACAACAAGCGCCCGACUAUGAUGAUGCAAGGUAUGGACAGCCAGGUUCCGUAGAGGGUGCCUACCAAGAGCGCCUGCAGCCAAGAGUGCAGAGGGAGGAGCGGGUUGUGGGAUAUGAGCGGGAGAUCGACCCUCGUCCUCGUCUCGAGGGCGAGCCUCUGCUCGCUACCCCCAGGUAUGAAAGGGUCUACUACGAUGAUCCCAGAGCCCCACUCAGCGGUGGUCGGUUGCCCGGGUCGCCAGGCAUGCAUGCUUCCCCUUACGGUCCCCGUGAGGUGCGCGUUCCUCCGAGGAACGUGAUCUACGAUGUCCCUCCGCCAGAUGAUGGUUACUAUCGCGAUGUUCGUGCCGCUUCAAGGAUGAGCAUGCGCCCAACACCCUAUCGUGAGCGCUCUUCACGGUCACCAGUUGCGUAUGAGCGUGUUGCACAGCCAAUGGCUCCUCCUCCCAGGGUGCCCGCGACUCGCAUCGUCGUUGAUGCUUUCGGUCGCGAGUACAUCGAGCCGCCUCGGCCCCAAAGUGUGCUUGCGGAAAGACCUGAGAUCGUGUAUGCCCGUCCGCCACCGCCACGCGCUGUCACCCGGAGACCUGAAGGCUACGAUGACGAGGUAAUGGUUUACGAAUCGACCUCCCCUGCCGGCUACGCUCCUCAGCGACGUGUGAUUGCUCAGCCAGAGUAUGUUACCCCUGAACAUAGAGUGUACAGGGAGCGUGCUUAUUCCACUCACCCCAUGGGCCCGCCGUCUGGCGACUAUGUGCCGUCCAGACUCAGGGUCGAGGGCCGACCUGUUGUCGAGAUGCCCCAGGAGUACAUCGCAAGACCGGGCAGCGUUCGUCCCCCGAUGGACACACGCUACGAGAGUGUCGCGGCUUACGACCUGAGAACGGUUGACGAACGUCCCCGCGAGUACUAUGGCGGCAGAGCAGCUAGCGUCAGGCCAGUGGCAGAGGCACAAGUCCGCUACGAGCAGGCUCCUCCUCCUAGCUAUGAAAGACGCAUGGCAGGGGAGCCGAGCCUCAGGGAAUAUGCUACGAUUCGCUCAGCAAGCGUCAGGCCUCCUAUGGAUGCGCCCAGAUAUGAGAUUAGAGGUGACUACGGAGCAAGGAUGGGAAGCGUGCAGCCGGAGAUGGCCGGCCGCGAUUAUCAGGGUCGUCAGGAAAUAAGGAGGGAGGUUAUGCAGCCGCCUCCGCCACCGAUGGGAGGGCGCGCUUAUAGUGUUUUCCCGCCUGAGCAGCAGCCUCCUCAACAGGUGAUGCGUGGAGAUGGCGGUGCGUAUGGGGAUGAGAGGUAUUACGCGCAGCGGCCGCCUGUUCAGCAGCAGGAGGAUGAUGAGGUUGUUUACUUGGACCGGCCUCCCAUGCGGGAUGCCUAUCGGCAAUGA